AUGGAGGUGACUUCUGUGCUUCUCGUCCAGGGGUGUAACCCCUGGCAGAGGCUUCUGCUUACAGCCUCCCUUUUAGCCUGCUGGCACCUGUUCUCCACUGCCAAGGUCACCAUUGAAUUAGUGCCACCCCAAGUGGUUGAAGGAGAAGAUGUCCUUUUUCUUGUCCGGAAUCUGCCAGAGAAUACUAAAGCAUUUGCCUGGUUUAAAGGGAGGACAUAUUCGGGCCUUCAAAUUGCACACUAUAUCCUCAACGCUGAUGUCAGUGUGACAGGGCCUGUACACAGUGGAAGAGAGACAUUGUACAGCAACGGAUCCAUGUUGUUGCACAAUGUCACCCAGAAGGACACAGAAUACUACACCCUACAAACCUUUAAUAGACAUGCAGAAACUGUAUCAACAACGAUCACAUUCCUCCACGUGAACCUCUUCCUUUGGAACUGUGGGCGCUUUGUUACCUCUUCCCAGCCCAGUAUUGAAUCACUGCCCUCCAUCGUUGCUGAAGGGCAACAAGUUAUUCUACAUGUUCAUAAUAUCCCAGAGAAUCUUCAAGGCUUUGCAUGGUUCAAAGGGAUGACGGUGUUCAGGCACCUUGAGAUUGGCCGAUACAUAAUAGGCAGGAAUUCCAGUGUGUUUGGGCCUGCGUACAGUGGUAGAGAGAAACUGUACAGUGAUGGAACCCUGCUGAUUGAAAACGUCACUCAGAAGGAUGCCGGAUUGUACACCCUACGAGUUCUGGGUACGGAUAUGAAGAGUGAGGAAGCACAUGUAGAAAUCCAAGUUGCUGCAUCCCUCUCCCCGGGUUGUAAAGCUCUCGCCUCUUCCAGACUCAGCAUUAAACCCAUGCCACAGCACGCUGCCGAAGGGGAAAGUGUUCUUCUCCUCGUUCAACAUCGGCCAGAAGAUCUGUUAACCUUUACGUGGUACAACUCCAUGUACAGGGUCCCAGCCUUUAAAAUUGUGGAGUACCACGUAAUCUGGAAUAUGACCGCCUGGGAGAAUGACUAUGGCAGAAGAGGGGUGGUGUAUGCUAAUGGAUCCCUGCUGCUCCAGAACGUCACUGAGGAAGACACAGCCAUGUACACACUAGAAACUUUAAGCUUAAACAAAACAGUUGAAAGAGCACGUGUGCAGUUUUAUGUAAACAAGCCUGUGACAGAGCCCUUCGUGCAAAUCACUAACACCACAGCCAAAACACACAGAUCUGUGACCUUCACCUGUGUUUCACCAGACACUGGAGUCUCCAUUCAUUGGUUGUUCGAUAACCACACUCUUCCAGUCACAGAGAGGAUCACGCUGUCCCCAACAAAGUGUGGACUCAGAAUUGAUGAUGUCAGAAGCGAAGAUGCUGGAGAGUACCAAUGUGUGGUCACCAACCGAGCUGGUGAUGCAAAGGCCAGUCAGCCUGUCAGGUGGCCAUGA